GUUGAGUGCAAGUGAGGAUGAAGAUGUCACAUGUCAGGGUAGUAUUCUCAGCAAUAGCAGGAGUCAUGGCCAUCUUGUUGCACUUCUCUAUUCACAAGAUAGAGGAAGGACACCUUGCUGUGUACUACAGAGGCGGCGCAUUGUUGACGGCUCCCAAUGGUCCGGGAUAUCACAUUAUGCUGCCAUUCAUUACCACUUAUAGAGCAGUGCAGACAACGCUCCAGACUGAUGAGAUCAAGAAUGUGCCUUGUGGGACAAGUGGUGGUGUGAUGAUUUAUUUUGACAGGAUAGAGGUUGUUAAUAUGUUGGUCCCUUUGGCAGUGGUCGAUAUUGUCAGGAACUACACAGCCGACUAUGACAAAACUCUAAUUUUUAACAAGAUUCAUCAUGAACUGAACCAGUUCUGCAGUGUGCACACGCUACAGGAGGUCUACAUUGAGCUAUUUGAUAUUAUUGAUGAAAACUUGAAGACUGCGUUACAGCAAGAUCUUAAUGCUAUGGCACCUGGACUGACAAUACAGGCAGUUCGUGUUACCAAGCCAAAGAUCCCUGAGACUAUCAGGAGGAACUUUGAACUCAUGGAAGCGGAGAAGACCCGUCUGCUAAUAACGGCUCAGACGCAGAAAGUCGUGGAGAAAGAAGCAGAGACUGAAAGAAAGAAAGCCAUUAUUGAGGCUCAGAAAGUUGCUCAAGUUGCAGAGAUCCAGUUCAAACAGAAAGUCAUGGAGAAAGAGACGGAGAAGAAGAUCUCUGAAAUCGAAGACGCUGCCUUUCUGGCCAGAGAGAAGGCUAAGGCUGAUGCAGAAUUUUACACCGCUGCCAAGUCUGCUGAAGCAAACCGGAUGAAGUUAACACCAGAGUACCUGGAGCUGAUGAAGUACCAGGCCAUAGCAGCUAAUAGUAAGAUCUACUUUGGCCAGGACAUUCCCAACAUGUUUGUUGAAGGAAACAACGGCCCCUCGAAGCCCAUUCCCUCCCCUUCUUUGCCAAACGCGGAAGCGGACUUGCUCAGAAGAAAACCCAACGAGCACUGAGUCUCUGCACAGAACAGGAAAACUCAUUCACGAUCGGUCUUGUCACGGAAGAUGAGUGGGAGGGUAGGUAGCUUUGCAGUUUGAACAGCAAGCUUCAGGUUCUAAAUGAAACGUCAAGAGUGAGAAAGUAAAUGGGAGAAGUGGGACAAAGAGUUGUUAACCCCUUCUUCAUUCUGUGAGGGGAAGCUUGAAGCAACAAGAAUGAUGCGAUGGUUAAAAAAAAAAUCAAAACCAUAAAAAUCGCUUUUGCCUGAGAAGGUGACAAGUAGUCACCCUGAUCUUUAUGUGCUUUAUUAGUGCAUCACUUAACUUUGAUUUUGGAGCUGCUUUCAUUGUUUUUGUUUAUGACGAAUGAUUUGUGAUGAAAAUGAGGUUCAUUAACUUGUUUUGCUGCACUGACAGGUGACACUAAUUAAAAGCUGGAAGGUUUAUGUAAAUGAAAGGGAUUCAAAUCAUCUUUUUGUACCAUGUUUGUUUUGCGAGCCAGUCUUUGGCAGCACGUCUGUUAAACUGUUUAAUCACAUGUCAAACACUGCUCAUGAACUUGACCGGUUAACAGGAGCCGCAUACAAAUUCUUUUUAUUUGCAGGCGUCCAGAUUUGCGUUGUACAUUUAAUUGCAGUGGAUGAACGAAGUCAUGUUGUAUAGAUUAUAUUUUGGCAAUUUUACAAUAAAUUGUUAAGAUCUUCUGACCCAAUUUGGCGUUUACUGUGUUGUACAGGCGCUAACAGGAAGAAAAGUCUGAUUCUUUAUCCCAUAUAUGCCCGUGUAGGCGAGCACUUCACAGCAAUAAGUAUAUAUUUGUUCACCAGAUUGAGAAAAGUCGGCAUGUCUCUUGCUUAGUCAGGUUUUGAUUAACACGGUUGUACAUUCACAAGGUCCUGCUUGAUUCAGACGAUGGAGCUUGUGAUUGUCUAUUCUUACAGCUUCCUCACAUUUAAUUCAAUGUAAAUCCUCAGGAAAUCAAACGACAGAAAUCACUUCGUAAAGGUGAUCUUUUGGAAAAUUUAAAAUAAACCUACAGAUCUAUUAGGUGACGGUCAAUCUUUAGCUGUCAGUGUGUACUUUUCUUUGUAAUUGUAGAAAUGACCUGAAGAGGAAAUUUUCACUUUAUUUGCUAAUCAUAAUUUUAAGGGUUUAUUGGCAACUCAAAGCUUCUAAUUCCAACAUUACUAAAAACUUGGUUCACACUUUUGGUUCAUCUUUACUUACAAUAAUAUCUGGCACUUUACAUACACUGUUCUUGUUCUUGGCGUUAAAAUUAGAAGCAAGUUGGUGCUAGUUUUUAUUUUUUAUUAAGUUUAAGCUUUUCCAGCUUCGUGCUUCACUAACUGAACUGUUUUCCACUGUUCAGAAUUCAAGCCUUAAAGAGUUUUCCCAAACUAAAGACUGAAAACAUUUGAACGAAAAAGGCGCCUCUUGGCUUCUAGUUGUCAAAAAACACAAAUGGCAGUUGACGUUACAAGUGUCUGGAGAUAUCGUGCUGUUUACGUUGCACUCUGCACUGCUUUGGUGAUGGGUUCAAAUAAAGAUGCAAGAGAAGGGGUGAAUAAUUUGUACUAUCUGUGAAAUGUUCAACACUGUCUCCUUGUUUUAAAAAAAAAAGUUUAUAUGCAAAAACUGUUUUCCAGGUUUUGACAAUGUUCUGUAAAAUAAA